AUGAAAAGCAACGUGGCAUGUGGCAGAGCAGAUGUCAGAAUGGUAAGACAACAGCCGUUGGGUGUUCUAAGGAGGUUGAUCACAAAAAAGUAUGUGACAGCUAGCAUUGCAUUUCUCUAGACGUCUUUCAAAGAGAACAACUGAGAACUGUUGACUCUUCUCCCCAGUUGUGUGGCUGAUAUUUUAAACUUAUCUAAUGAGCACGUCGAAAGAAAUCUUACAGAUGUCAAGGAGAAGGUGCCUUCUCUUGGUUGUAUUGAAAGAGAUGUGAAAAGACUUAUUCGUGACUAUAUGCAAGUUCUUUUCCUUUCAUCCAGGGACUUUAAUGAUAAAAGAGAUUGUCUUAUAUAGUUAG